UUUGGAAAGAAAUGUGUUCCUGUAUCUGAAGUAGACUUUAGUGUCUGAAAGACUGAAAAGCUGCUUUAAUAUGAGAGCCCAGAUUCAGUAGAUAAACAUGGAACAUGAAUUAGAGAGGGGCAAGCUGUCAACUUGAGCAAAUCUGUGACAAGUUCUGGCACAUCUGGUUUAUGAAGAGCUCUCAGAAAUUGCUAGGCAAUAGAUAGAAGUAAGUAGGCUGAGGAUGAGACCAUGAAAUCAUGCAGCAGGAGAUACGGCCGCUGGUUGCAGUGGAUAUAAUAGAACAGCUACACAGACAAUUUGCUAUCUUGUCAGGAGGAAGAGGGAAGGAUGGAGCACCAAUUAUUACCUUCCCAGAGUUUGCAGGAUUCAGUGAAAUACCUGAUGAGGAUUUUCUGAAUGUGGUCACGUACCUAACCAGCAUUCCCAGUCUGGAGGCUGCCAGCAUUGGAUUCAUCAUCAUCAUAGACAGACGACGAGACAAAUGGAGUGCAGUCAAGGCAUCCCUGACACGGAUAGCAGGAGCAUUUCCAGGAAACCUGCAGCUGGUGUUUGUCCUGCGUCCCUCACGCUUUAUCCAAAGGGCAAUUGCUGACAUUGGCAUUAAACUCUAUCGAGAUGACUUUAAAAUGAAGGUACCGAUCAUCAUGCUAAAUUCUGUCUCUGAUCUUCACGGCUAUAUUGAUAAAUGUCAGCUGACCCGGGAGCUGGGAGGAACCCUGGAGUACGGCCACAGUCAGUGGAUACAUCACCGAACUGCUAUUGAAAACUUCGCAAUGACAGUGAAAACAACAGCACAGAUGCUACAGACCUUUGGAACGGACUUAGCAGAGACUGAACUUCCCAAUGAUGUGCAGUGCACAGAGGAGCUCCUAUCUGCACACACUGACCACCAUAGCAAGCUCAAGGAUGAGCUGAAACUAGCUGUGAAGCAGGGGGCCACAUUACUGACGUGCAUUAGGGAGCCAGUCACCCGAAGUGCCAACAGCAAACUCAGUCCUGAUGAACUGGAAAAUGUGGCAACAGUGGAAAGGUUGUUGGCUCAGUUGGAUGAAACAGAAAAGGCUUUUGAUCAGUUUUGGACCAAGCAUCACCUAAAACUAGAACAAUGCUUGCAGCUUCGACACUUUGAACAUGAUUUUAGAGAAGUAAAAUUAACAUUGGAUAAUCUCAUGGAAGCACAAGCAGGCUUUUCUGACGUUGGAGACAGUGUGACUCGAGUAGAACACCUCCUAAGGGAACAGAAACAACUGGAAGAAAAAGGACAGGAACCUUUGGAGAAAGCCCAGACUCUAGCUCUCCAUGGAGAACAGCUCAUCCAAAACAACCAUUAUGCAGUUGACUCCAUUAGACCAAAGUGUGUUGAACUCAGGCGUAUUUGUGAUGACUUUACUAAUGAGACCAAGAAGAAAUACGAUAUUUUGGGGAAGUCUCUUGAGCUGCAUAAGCAAUUAGAUAAGGCAAGCCAAUGGUGUGAAGCUGGAAUCUACCUCUUAGCUUCCCAAGCUGUGGACAAGUGCCAGUCACAAGAGGGAGCUGAAACUGCACUCGUUGAAAUAGAGAAGUUCUUGGCAACAGCAAAGGAGCAUCAACUCUCUAACCCAAAGGAGUUCUACAAUCAGUUUGACACGAUUCUCACACCCGAAAUAAAGGCCAAUGCCCAAAGGAUUUUACAAAAACUAGAAGAUGUACAAGAAAUGUUUGACAAGAGGCAAGUGAGUCUGAAGAAGCUAGCAGCCAAACAGACCCGACCAGUACAACCUGUUGCCCCACAUCCUGAAUCUUCCCCGAAACGAGCAUCACCAAAAACUACCAGACCAGCAGGAGUAGCUACCAACAGGAGGUCUGCAGAAAUUACUUGUCCUCCCAAGUCCAUCUCUGAGGCAGAAUUAUCAAAAAAGAAAAGCAUUAAGAAGACCAAAGGUGGAAUUAAGAUUGAAGUGAUGCACGAAGCGAGUCAAGGGGGAUCGAGCAGAGUCUUGGUUAUGAGUGAAAGCGAUGAGAACCUGUCGACGAGGAGGAGCCACAUAAUCAAUGAGCUGAUAGAAACCGAGCGUGUUUAUGUGGAAGAACUUCAAAGCAUAAUAGAGGGCUAUGCUUCAGAAAUGGACAAUCCAAGUUUAUUACAUCUGAUUCCAUCAAUGCUCCAGAACAAGAAGGAUAUUCUAUUUGGAAACCUCCCAGAAAUCUAUGAAUUCCACAACAGGAUUUUCCUCAAAGAGUUAGAAAAUUGCAUUGAAAAUCCUGAGCUCCUCGCCCGAUGCUUUUUGAAAAGGAAAGAGGACCUCCAAAUAUAUGAAAAAUACUGUCAGAACAAGCCAAGGUCUGAAGCUCUCUGGAGACAGUGUGGAGACAGCAUCUUUUUUCAGGAAUGUCAGCGUAAAUUGGAUCAUAAGCUCUCGCUAGAUGCGUAUCUUUUAAAGCCAGUCCAGAGAAUCACCAAGUACCAGCUGCUAUUAAAGGAAAUGCUGAAAUGUAGCAAGAAUUCAGAGGGUACUGCUGAACUGGAAGAGGCCUUGGCCACAGUGCUUGAUAUCAUCAAAUCCGUAAAUGACUCCAUGCACCAGAUCGCAAUCACAGGAUACGAGGGGGAUGUAAGUGAGCUUGGUAAGCUGUUGAUGCAAGGUUCCUUCAACGUGUGGACUGACCACAAGAAGGGUCACAACAAGGUGAAGGACUUGGCAAGAUUCAAACCAAUGCAGCGACACCUCUUUCUCUACACAAAGAUGCUGCUUUUUUGCAAAAAACGAGAGGAGAACACAGAUGGUCAUGAGAAGACAGCUUCAUACAGCUUUAAAAAUUCAUUAAAGAUGAGCACAGUGGGCAUCACAGAAAAUGUAAAAGGAGAUAACAAGAAGUUUGAGAUCUGGUAUAAUGGUAGAGAAGAAGUCUAUAUCAUCCAGGCAUCUUCUGUUGAGCUGAAAAACACCUGGAUUUCUGAGAUACGCAAAGUUCUAACAGGACAACUGGAAGCAUGUAGAGAAGCAAGUCAACUACACCAAAGAAUCACUGAAAGUGUGUACCAUGCACCAAUGAAUUCCUCCAAUAUAGCCAGGUAUAGCAGAAAGUCAUCAAGCAUAUAUGAAAACAAAUCCGAGACAUCAAACGUGGAAGCAUCUAACAAUAAAAACAGGAAUUCCAGUCCCAGUGCCAGACAAAAGAGAGAUCCAGAAUCUAAGGAAAGAGAAGUUGCCCGUCGCUUUUCCCUAGCCUCCUCCAUCAGCACCACAGUAAAUGCAUCUGCUGUGACCAAAGGUCCCCUUGUUCCUGCAGUUAAAGUCAAGAGACAUGAAAUAAAGAGUGACCCAACUCCCCUGGGGUUUGAAGAUGCUUUUGAGAACACCAUAUUGGCCCAGACUAAAUGUAGCACUGGUUCUACCACAAGACCUGUACCUAGAUCUGCUUCACAGACAGGUUGGCCCAGUAGGCAAAUGCCAUCUCUAGACACGUUUGAAGAUUUCGAAGCCAUUCCUUCCAGCAUGGAUGAACUCUCCAACUCUUCAGACAUGGAGGAAGAAACCAAUCCUAACAAUGUGACCAAUCUUUUUCGAGUAGAAGGCAGUUUUGACAGCUGUUUCCCAGAUUCUCUUACACUUGAAGAUGGAGAUCUUGUGCAGUUUGUGCAGGAAGGAGAAAAUGGGCAAUGGUUAGUGAAGAAAUUGGUCUCGGAGAAAAGUGAGUGGGUUCCUUCCAGUAUAUUGCAGCCAGCAGAGGGGGACACUAACAACAUAAUUAAGAACAGCAAUGCAGACACAUACAAUGAUUCCUGCAGCACGGCUUCGGUUGAGUCGGACACCAAGGAGUGUGAGGUGGCUAAAAGCUUCCCAGCAGAACAGAGGGCUGGAAGCUGAAUGGCAGGACAAGCCUUCCUCAGGACCCUCUCCAUCUCCUUGUUUAUUUUGGGUUGACACUGGAUCAAAGUUGCCUUUCUCACAAGCUCUGAGCUUCAUAAUUCUCUGAAACUUCAUUAACAUGGACAGAUGAGAGGAAAAACAAACUUGAGGAACAUCAAACAUCCAGACAACAUCAAGAACCAUCUUCAGUAUUAGAGGAGAAAAAUGCUUCUUGCAUUGUUUAUGAAACUGUUUCAGAAGAUGUGGCCUAAAUUAGGUCGACAGCAGAGCUGAAGAGUUACUAUGCACGCACCUUUUGGCAACUUUCCUUGAACACCGAGUUACUGCAGAGGGACACAUACAUGGUUUUGAGUUCUUGCUCUACCAUGGGUCACUUGGAGGUUUUUCCAUUUGCUUGCCUCAGUAGCUGUGCCUUCCCCACCCUCCUUAACUACAGCUAAUAGAUCACAAAUGUGCCCUUUUUGCUGAUGGUCAUCACCAAAACUGUCACACUUUAGAUUGGAUGUAGAAAGAAAACUUCUGACUUGGACUAUCAGAGAGGCUUCAUGCAGGAAUGGCACAGUGAACAAGCUGCUGCAUUCAGCAUUAGUUUGAGAUAAUGCAGAUGGCAACGUGAUAUAAGGUGGAGAUGCAGUUCUUAUCCAAGAGGCAAAGAACAAAAGGCAUUGUGACAGCUACUGUGACACAGAACAAAUCUAAGUCUUUUCACAACAUAAGUCAUUCCUCUGCGCCCUCUGCAGUCUGUGGUUGCUGGUUCACAAUCCUUUGCGUUUGGUGCCGAGAAUUCAAAUGAAUACCAUUUAAUGUCAUAUGUUUGAGUAGACUGCAUGCUUUCUUUUUGUGCUGGGCUAUGGAGUAGGUACAUUUCAUUCCCCAUAUGAAAUAUAUCUAAGCAUCACAAAUAGACAGUGAGCAUUAGGUGCUCCAAUGAGUGGGUAAAGUGUUGGUGUUAAAUACUUAUUUCCAGGACGUUUGUUUAUAGGGUUCUACCAAAUCUCUGCCACAUAGGGAUGUAAUGUACUAUAUGAAGUGAUUACAGAUUUUAUUAUUCCUUUACAAGCCAUUAGCUCAUUUAGAGCAUCUGUUAAAGCAUGAAAGCAUUUUGAUGGCAAUUGGAUCUUAGGUCCCACAAAAGCUGCUAGUAUUUUAGUUAAGAUUAGAAUUGACAAAGGGUUGCAAGCCAGUAAAGAUCAGACAGGAAUAAAUGACCCUAGGAGCUCAAGAAUUGGCUUUUACUGUUAGAGAUUUUCUGUUUAACCCUAAGAGUAGUGAUGCUCUAUGUAAAUAAUGAAGGGGACAAAAACACUGAAAAUGGAGAUGAAGCAAAACCAAAAAUCACUCCUUGGCAAAAUAGUAAGAGUCUGCAACAUUUCUGUUAUCCUCUUUGCAGGAACCUGAACAUUUUUCUUUGUGUUUCAGUGAAGGCUGGUAUUGCAAAUAUCUUAGUGUGUGAGUCAGGAUAGCUGUGAAGCAAGUAAAUAGUCCCAUUCAAGAAAAAGCCUCAAAGUAAGUAGAUAAAGGUUUAUUCAGAUUAUUAUUAUUAUUUGCCUGUGAAGGAUUACUAGUUAAUUAUUAGUUGCACUGUGGUAGUGAAUUCCCAUGAAUAAUGUUCUUCUGACCCUCAAUAUCUAAACUUUGUGGUUUCUAAUGGUUUUUAUUCAUGACAAAAGGAUUUGAGAGUUCUGUACCUUUUUCAAAGCCAAUGUUGUCCUACAGAGAUAAGAGCUUGUACAUUUUGUCAUUUACCUUAAAAAUGACCUGUAGGCUCCCAGGAACAUGACUCCUGUUAAAGUCUGUUGAAGUUAUGAGCACCUU